CAUUUGUCCUCGCAUGAAAACGGUUCAUAAGAAAUCGGAAAGUGACUAAUUUGAAUAACGAUGUUUGAAAUUGAAAACAAUUAAUUUUAUAAUAUUUAGUACGUUUAUGAAAGUUAUAUAUAUAUAUAAACAAUUAAAAAAGCAAUCAAUUGCAUAAAAUUUAUGCGAAACAGUGGAGAUAUUUGCUCUUAAAUUUAUUUAAUCAAUAUUUACAUGUUGUAAAUCAAUAUUUACGUGAAAUACGCCGGAGUGUAAUAUUUUUUUACAAAUAUAAAUAUUAAUUUUUGCUAAAAAUUUUUGGAAGUAUUGAAAGUUUAAGGAAUUUUGUAAAUUAAAAUCUUAUAAAAAGUCGCGGUUAACAAACUGAACUCGAAUUUCGAAGAGCGCAUUUGCCUGUGUUGAGCACAAAUCGUUCAGUAGUUUUUCACUCGUACGCGAAGUCGGUUAGGUUGCUAUUCGGAAUUUGCAUCCAGUUCUACUGCAAAUUUCUAACGGAAAUAACGUUUUUUUUUUUUAAAAAAAUAAAUAUUAAUUCUUUUUGUACCCGUGUUAAAAAAAGCCGUCAAAAUUGAAUCGACAAAGCUUGACGAGACUUUUUCUUCCACUUCUGUUAUGGAGGAUAAAGCAACAACAAAAGAUCUUGACCAAUGGAUUGAGCAACUAAACGAAUGUAAUCAAUUAACAGAAACACAAGUGCGCACCUUGUGUGAUAAGGCUAAGGAAAUUCUUUCGAAAGAAUCCAAUGUUCAAGAAGUGAAAUGUCCUGUUACAGUAUGUGGCGAUGUACACGGACAGUUCCAUGAUUUAAUGGAACUAUUUCGGAUAGGCGGCAAAUCUCCUGACACUAAUUACUUAUUCAUGGGUGAUUAUGUUGAUCGUGGUUACUACUCUGUAGAAACUGUAACCUUAUUAGUUGCGCUUAAAGUAAGGUACCGUGAAAGAAUUACUAUUUUACGUGGUAAUCAUGAAUCGCGACAAAUUACUCAAGUAUAUGGCUUCUACGAUGAAUGCCUUCGCAAAUAUGGGAAUGCAAACGUUUGGAAAUACUUUACCGAUCUUUUUGAUUACUUGCCACUGACGGCAUUAGUCGACGGACAAAUUUUCUGUUUGCAUGGCGGUUUAAGUCCAUCUAUUGAUAGCUUGGAUCAUAUUCGUGCGUUGGAUCGAUUACAAGAGGUGCCACAUGAGGGUCCUAUGUGUGACUUGCUUUGGUCUGAUCCAGAUGAUAGAGGCGGCUGGGGUAUCUCACCACGUGGUGCUGGUUAUACUUUCGGUCAAGAUAUAUCGGAAACCUUCAAUAACACAAAUGGCUUGACAUUGGUAUCACGUGCCCAUCAACUGGUUAUGGAAGGUUAUAAUUGGUGUCACGAUCGAAAUGUUGUCACAAUUUUUUCAGCGCCAAAUUAUUGUUAUCGUUGUGGUAACCAGGCAGCUCUUAUGGAAUUAGAUGAUUCACUAAAGUUUUCAUUCCUACAAUUUGACCCAGCACCCCGACGUGGCGAACCACACGUUACACGAAGAACACCGGAUUAUUUCCUAUAAGCAAAAUUGGAGCAUAUUUAUAUUCAGAUUAUUAAAUUCAAAAGUAUCAGUUACACAAAAUUAACAUAAAAAUAAUAACAAACGAUAAGAAACAAGAAAAAAAACAUUUUUUAAUUUAUAUUUCGUAUAAAGAUCACAAAAUGAUAAUAUUUUAAAU